AUGGGUUUGAACGUGGAGCAAGAAGACGGCAAGAAGCCGGCCUUGAAUAUCUCCGCCACCUUGGUGGAAGCGUUUUACGCAGCCACCGCCACCCUCCUCGGCCUUCUCCUCCCGCUCUCGUUUCUCCUCCUGGCCAGGCUCUCCACUGCUAACUAUCUCUUCACAUCUUCCCAUUCCUCUCAAACCCAGGCUUCAUUUCUCUUCCUCUUCCUCUUCAUCUACGCAAUCCCUACCGUCCUCAACGCUCUCGUUUCCCUCGUCGGCGUCGCCACUCUCUUCCACGGCUUGACAGGCCGGAUUACGCUCAUAAGGCAGGCCUCAUCACCGGAUCAACCCCUUCUCCGGCCGCCUCUGUACACGGCGUGGGUUUUGAUAUGCGCGUUACAGGUUUGUAUAGGGCUGGGGAUUGAAGGGAGCGUGGCUGCUGGGAUCAACGGUUCUGGUUUUGGCCACGGGACGAGCCUGCUAAGCAAAGUGAUCUUCUUCCUGGGCUUACACGAGUCAAUGAUUCACUGGUCAAGAACAAUCGUGAAACCGGUGGUCGACGAUACGAUCUUUGGUUUUGCAAGGGAUGAAAGGCAGGUGGAGAGGGUGGCCAUGGCUGCGAGCUUCGGUGCUCUGUGGUGGUGGAGGUUGAGGACCGAAGUGGACUCGCUGGCGGCCAUGGUUGAGGUUAAGAAAGAGCUGUCGUUGAGCCUUGGAAUUGCUGAUCUUAUCGGUUGGUGGCUGUAUUACCUGACUGUGAUUAUUGGAAUAAUAAGGAUUGUGAAGAGCAUUAUGUGGGUUGGAGCUGUGUUGCUUUGUAGGCCGGUGAAAGCUAACCCGGAUGAGUCUAUUGGGAACGGAGAGAAAGUCUAG